AUGGCAGAAAUUCCAAAAACAAUGAAAGGCGUUGUGAUUGAGAAAACUGGCGGUACAGAGGUGCUAGAGUAUAGGACUGACCUUGCUGUUCCUACUCCUCAAGAAGGUCAGGUUCUCGUCAAGAACAGCUUUGCUGGUGUUAACUUCAUUGACACAUACUUCCGAACCGGAUUCUACCCUCUUCCUCUCCCCGGCAUAAUGGGUAUGGAAGGAGAGGGUACAAUUGUUGCUCUCGGCGGUGGAAACACAUAUGACCUCAAGGUUGGAGAUCGUGUGCUAUGGUUUGGUGCCAUGGGUGGUUACGGAGAGUACGCUGCCAUACCAUCAUUGAGAGUCCAUGUCCUUCCAAAGGAGAUCCCAGAGGGUUUCGGCGCGGCUGCCGCUGUGCAAGGUCUUACUGCCUUGACUUUGAUCAAAGAAGCGUAUCCAGUGAAGAAAGAUGAAUGGGUUCUUGUCCAUGCUGCUGCUGGAGGGUGUGGACUGUGGUUGUGCCAAUUUUUGAAGGAGGUUGGUGCCAAUGUCAUUGGCACCGCGAGCACACCGGAGAAGUUGGAAUUGGCCAAGAAGAACGGAGCGCAAUACUUGAUUAACUACGCCGAGGAAGAUGUUGUAGCACAGGUCAAGGCUAUAACUGGCGGAGAAGGUGUUGCCGUAGUUUUUGACGGAACUGGAAAGGAUCAGUUUGAAAAUGACCUGGAAGUUGUUGCGAGAAAAGGAACUGUGGUCAGCUUCGGAAACUCGUCUGGGGGUGUUCCGCCUGUCCCAAUCUUGAGGCUGAUGGCUAAGAACGUGAAAUUAUUAAGACCGACUCUUCAAAACUAUGUCUUCACCCGAGACGAAGUCGAGAACUACGUUGGCCAACUUUUGGACUUCGUUGUUUCAGGGAAGGGCAAGGUUCAUAUUCACAAGAUCUAUCCGCUGGAAGAUAUAGCUACAGUACAUACAGACGUCGUUUCGCGCGGCACGACGGGCAAAUUGCUCUUGAAGCACUAG